AUGAGUAACGAAUCAUUAUCAAAAGCUUCAAUUAGAAAAAUAAAUGACAAUGCUGUCACAAUUAGUACCCCCUAUACUGUAUUCCGUAUUCUUAAUUUUGGUUCAAGAAUGAGUUUGAUUAAUUUUGAUGGUAACAUUGUAAUUUAUUCUCCAAUUAAGUAUGAUCAAGAAGUAUUCGAUAAGGCAAUCAAAAUUUUGUUUGAGAAUCAAGAGAAUCCACAGUAUGAAGUCAAGUAUGUUAUUGCUGCUAAUGAUGAACAUAAUUUAUGGGCUCAUGUCUACAAAGAAAAAUUCGGUAGUAAAAUCAUUGCCGGAGAAAACUGCAAGUUGAAAAACAAUUGUAAAGCUGAUUAUAUUGUUACUCCACAAAUCUAUAACAAAGUCAUUAAAGGAUCAAUGUGGCAAGAGGAGUUAAACGUUUCUGAUCCAUUUAUGCAAAACUUGGAAUUGAUUGGAUUGGGGAAUCAUGUGAUUCAUGACCUUGAAUUGUUUGAUACAACAACAAAAACAUUAUAUGUUGGUGAUUCUGUUUAUAAUUUAGGUGUUCCAGGUACAACUUCUGGUAAUGUUAUUUUGGAACAGUAUUCCCCAGAAUUGGGUUACGCCAAAGGUUAUAAUCCGCAUGGAUGGUUUUCAUUCUUGACAAGAUAUUUGCAACCAGAUUCUGCUGUAUGUCGUUACCUUGCCAAUUAUGCUGCUGGGACUAAAACUGAACAAGGUAGGCAGGCAAUCCAAUCAGUUUAUAAUUGGGAUUUUGACAAGUUGGUUAUGAUUCAUGGAAAUGUAAUUGAAAAAGAUGGAAAAGAUGCCUGGAAGAAAUUAUUUUCCACCUCCCUUGUUUAG